AUGGCUGACGAAUCUCCCAGUCUCCAAAACCUAAUUGAGGAGCUCGGAUUUUGUCCAAACGAGCAUCAAUUCCUGCUUCGUCUUUUCGGCUCAUCUGACCCAUUUGCUGGGCUUCCUGGUGCAGACAUAGAGGCUAAUCACAGCCGAAAUCAAUCUGGCCAACAUAGCUCUACUAGCUUUGCUCGCAGACUUGCAUCUACUAGGCUCUGGCAAGAUAUUCCUCCGUUUACUGGUGAACGCGCCAAUCAGGCUCGUCUGCGAUCCACCAACCGUUGUCCAAGUGACUUUCGCGAAGGUUCGGAAGGCAGAGAUCCGGUUCACUACGAAGAAGAGUGGACUUCCCUCAUAGGCACCGAUUCAGAAUCUCUGUUAUCCGAGUUACUCCAACAGCUUGCAACGGACGAGCCUCACUGCCCUGGAUCCCCUAAGCUUACCGAAUAUCCUAAGGCAUCGGAGAAUAUUACACGUCCUGGAUCCGUUGAGCCCCCAAGCUCAUCAGUCUAUGAGAGCGAAACAGGUGAGCAACCCAGCCCUGUUGAUAGCCUCAACGAGAGCCCUGGAACCCAAGGCAAUUGCGAAACAUCCCAGGACCCGAGGACUUUAAAUCACCCUGGGAGCUUUGAGCAGCUUAUUGAAUCAUUUCCACGACCUCCCGGUCACAACCAAGCUGUCAGGGACGAAACUUUUUCCCACGUUGAUCCCGACGCCCAACGAGUGCCACCAAAAGACAGUGCCCAGGCUAAUACAUUGACGCUUGCCAACAGUCAGAUAAAACCUGCAACCAGCCUCCCUCGGAUUUCUCGUUUCUCCGAAGAUUUGAAAGACAGCAAUCCCAUCGGAGAGCAAGAUUCUUCCAACUUUUGUGCCAAAGCUGAUACAUCUGCACUUGACACAAGUGGGCUAGGGAAUACCUCAACUACGUCUUUUAAACUAUCCUCGCCUCCUUCUAACGACACUUCAACCAUCGUCAACACUUGCAACAUUUCCCCUCGGAUACCUUCCCUGUCUCCCGGCGUUUCUUUCAGAGACUUGCGUCUCCCCAGUGACUGUCACGAGGGACAACAAGUGGAUUUUGAAAGCUUCCACCAGGCCCAGGAGCACGCAAAUCGGUUCACAUAUACUAUUUUCCCUGAAUUCUCCUCAAGAGUUCGUCCGAUCAGCGUCGUGAUCGGAAGGCAACACUCCUUCCGCACCAUCUUCGAAGGGCGCGCUACACCUACAGCUUCCCCUCGAUACUACCAGAAGACGCCUCUGCAUCGUAUCUCGGCUUGUCCUGCAUCACUCUCUUUCGCUUCUGGGAAAAGAAGCACCUCAAAGCGCAAGAGAACCUUAAGGCGUUGUGUUAAAAAGCUCAAAACCCUGCUUUGUCGAACCCGCAAACACACUCCAUCCAGUCUCAAUCAUUAA